UCCUACAUAAUUUCUAAAAACUGUAAAAAAAAGUAAAUAUAACGCAUUUUAUAGAAAAGCAAAAAUAGUGAGAUUAGCUUAAUCCUGUUAUAAGGGACUUAAGAAGUUUUGAGAAAUUGGGGCCUGGAGGGCUUACGGACACACUGAUGAUUUGCAAUAUUUCAAACAAGAUUUUAGAGAGCUGUUUUAGCUGUACUUCUUUUGCUUAAAUAGAUAGGAGAACAUCAUAAUGAUUAUAAGUUCACAUUUAAACGUUUACAACGAACUCAUUUAUCACGUUGCUUACUUUAAUUUAAAAAAGAUCGGAACAAUCACCCAUUUAUAUAUGUAUUUAUAUAUUUGUUUCUAAAUGGGGCCAGAUUUACUGGCGUAAAGUGUUAGCAAAUAGAUCUUUAUUAUUUAAGGAUCAAAAACGAUUUGUAAAGGCUUCAAUUUAUUUCAUAAAAUAGGACGACAAAAUAAUAUAUUAGUUAGUACAAAUGAAUGCAGAUGGGUAAAUUGAUGGGAAAAUUAAAAAACAAAAUGUUCCAAUUCGAUUUUCAAUAUAUCUUUGCGCUAUCAGAGGUCCCGCCAAUAGCACAGCAUGACAGCGGGUAUCCGGGCAUCCAUCCAAAGCCUGUAAUCCCUCGUACUUGAGCAUAGAAAGAGACCAGAUCUACUCUGUACGCACAGAACAAUAAAAUAGUACAUCUUACAAAAGAGGAUAUAACUUUUAUUAACCAUAAAUUUCACAUCCAAGAGAUAUUAAAUGAUGUAAUGGUUUUUGAUUAACUUCGUCAGUUUUGUGAUUUGAAUAAAAGACUGACAAAAAUCAUGAUAAAAUUUCGCCUUUUUAUACUUGUGUGUGCAGUGACGGUGACUAUUUCCCGAGGACAACAGUGUCAGGUGGUACCGAAGUGCACGUGCGACUUUGACGGGGAGAACGUGGAUGUGGAAGAGCAGAGCGGCGGAAGUGAGAUGCUUGCCGGGACUGUUGGCGCCCUCGGAUCCGCGGUCGUCACCGGCGGCGGCUUAGGCGCUUGGGCCCUCCUGCGCGGCCGUACGGGCGUAACACCGGGGGACGAAGAGAUUGCAGCCACCGACGACGGAGGCGAGCGAAAGAAAGGACCCCCCGGCAAUAACGUUUACAAGGCGGGCAAAAACGACCCAAACAGCCAUAAAGUGUCGGGGAAAGGGAACCAGACAGGACCCAUCUGAUAUUCAAGACAAAAACUUCUUUAUGUAAAUAAUUCCUGUGUUUUCUGUGAAUUGCUUUUGUAAAUAAUACCAAAUAGGGAUACAUUUAAAAUCAGUUGUUUAGUUAUCAGCCAUGUACUAUCAUAUGAAUGUAACCAUCACAGCUUUUACCUGAAGCCUGUUCUGUAGGGAAAUUAUCAAAAAGCUCAUUUUUAAGCUGUUUUGUUUUUAAUAAAGAAAGAAAGUAA